UCAUUCUGUUUACAAAACUUACCCACAUGGUCGCGACAAAUAUUUAAAAACUUAAACUGAAUUAAAAAAGAUUUUAAAAGACAAAUUAUAAUUCAAUUAUAAUUAAAAAUAUAAAACCUUACAUUUUACUUUUAUUUCAUUUCCCUUAUACGCACAUUUAUGUCGAAGAACAUUGAAAUAAUAGUUGGCACUUAUGAAGAAUUCCUUCUUGGCUACAAAUUGGAUUACAAGAAUGGCGAAAAAGUUCUUGUUCAAUCAUUUGCCGAUAAAUCGCAUACGAGUUCGAUCAAAUGCUUGGGAGUGCAUGGGAAAUUCAUUGCAACAGGCGGGUCCGAUGACCGUAUAUUUAUUUACGACAUGAAAACCCGAAAGCAAUCACAGAUUUUACUUAGCCAUGAGGGUACCGUGAACGGCAUUGAAUUUACCUCAGACGAUACUCAUAUUCUAUCAGCUGGAGACGAUGGACGCUUGGUAGCGGUGCGUCUCAGUAACUGGCAUGUUGGAGCGACUUGGAAAAAAGCACACAGUGGCUCACCAGUUACCCAUAUAAGCUGUCAUCCUAGUGGUAAAUUAGCUUUAUCGCUAGGCUCUGAUCAAAUAUUACGUACAUGGAAUCUGGUGAAAGGUCGAGUUGCCUAUAAGACAAACCUCAAGAAUAAAACAUCACUGGGAGGAUCUCCAGAUUGCUUGUCUUGGUCACCUACUGGUGACUUCUUUACUCUAACGGGACAGAGAGUCGUAGAAAUUUGGUGUAUUAAGAAAGCCGAGGUAGUGAAAGCAGAACAAACCAAAUCAAAGCCAAUAUGCUUGGCUUGGGCGUCUGAUGAUGUUGUUUUGGUUGGAUUGGAAGAUGGUUCUAUUUUGUUUGUUUCUAUGAACGAUGAAGUAGAAACAGUAGCAGUAAAUGCACACAAGUCUAGAGUCAAGGCCAUGAGCAUUUUCGAUGAUAUUGUUGUUUCCGCUUCCAGCUCUGGAGACAUAACACUUUGGAAUUUGGACUUAGAAAAUCAAAGACUAGAGAAGUUUGCCUCUACAAAUAUAGGAUGUCGUCCAACGUGCAUCGGCAUUCUUGAUUUAGAUCAGUUUGGCGCUGACUAUAGCACAAAGAGUGUAACUGCUGGAAGUGAUAAUUCUGUCCCAGCAGCUAAAGAAAAAACAUUUUCUGAACCAAAAAGAGGUGUAGUUACUAUUGAAUAUGACGACGAUGACGACGACGAAGAGGACGAGAAAAACGACGAAGUUGACGAUGAUGAAGAAGAAGACAAUGAUUCUGAAAGUAAUGAUGAAGAAUCUAAAAUUCCCAGCCCUAAGAAAACAACAAAAAGGAAACAUACAAAUGAAAAGAAAAGUCCGAAGAUAGAUAAAAAUAAAAAGAAGGCUAAAAAAAACACCAAUGGUAGUGCUUCUGCGCCUGGAGCUUUUGUUCGUCAAAAGAGAAAAUCAUAGUUUUGUUGUUAAAUCAAAUAAAUUGUAUGUUUUUUAAAACA